UGUAAAUUAUCUUCAACGUUGCCUGAGUAGUUUUCAUAAUUAAAUAAUGAACGUUGAAUUAGAUAUCUAUAGUAAUUUAGUAGCUGCCUAAAAAUUAAUGAAAGAACAAGUAGCUAGGGUUACUAAAUUUGGAGCUUAUGUGUACGAGGAUGGCACGAAAUACAUAGGAGAUUGGAACGAUCGAGGUCGAAAACAUGGCUUGGGUCACGUCCAAUUAAAAGAUAACACACGUUAUGAAGGAGGAUUCAGCAAUGGACUUUGCUCGGGUCUCGGAGUUCUCCAGUAUCCGGAUGGAGCAAGAUACGAAGGAGAAUUUAUGGAAGGAUGGUUUCAUGGUCACGGGAUGUUUUGGAGGGCUGAUGGCAUGAAGUACGAAGGACAAUUUCGAGGUGGUCGUAUUUGGGGACUAGGUUUAGUAACAUUUAAGGACGGAUCCCAUGGACUCCCGAGACACGAAGGAUUUUUCAAAGAUUGCAAAUUUCUACAAAAGAAAAAAUGUCCUGCGGUCGUUACAGAUGCACAACGAGCAGCAUUGAUGGCAAGAAUACAAACUGAACAAACAUAAUUUUUUAAUAAAAUUAUCUACUCACAAUGUAAAGAAUAAAAAUAAAUAUAUCUUGCAAAA